UCCAAACCUCACGCCUCUGCGGCUCUGCCCUCUGCUCUCUGCUCCAGAGUCCAAACCUCACUAUCCGUGCCUCCGUCACUUAGCAACUCGCACGGUCCACGCCCAAGCCUCCUCUUUCCUAUGGCACUAAGAGGUGUUUGGCAACUUCAGAAGCUGGUAGUGAGCUACUGUGAUUGGGGAGGCAGCAGCAGGGGUUUAAGGGCAUUUGUUGAGUCUCAUUUGCCAGCAUUCAAAGAGGUCAAUCCUCAUCUGGAAGUGGUCACUGAGCUCAAUCGUGGUCAACAUCCGUUUUUGAAGGGAUUAUACAAAAACAAGAAUGAGCGAGCUGUAUCUGUUAAAAACUUGAAUCCGGAGGAAAUUGUGUUACAAGCUACGAGGCUAAGGAAUUCGUUAGGGCGAAAGGUGGUGAAGAUGAAGACUAGACAUGUUACUAAACACCCAAGUGUUCAAGGCACAUGGAGUACAGAAUUGAAGAUGUAAUGCCACAAAGGACCUUUGGUUUGUUUUCUUGGGAGACUCCAUUUUGGCCCUGCAAUAUUAGCUCUGUUUUUAUAGCCAAACUUGAUAUCUAUUGUAUAAUCUUCUGUGUUUUGGUGAAACUUUUAGCUCAAGAAUGUUAAGUUAUGCCUAUUAAAUAAACAACUUUUCAAUCCAA